AUGAUUAGUGGAGGAGCUGACAUCCCCCAAGGGCCCAUGAUCAAGAGGACAAAAAUAUCUGCCGCAACAGAAGGGCCAAUCCGAGACCGCAUGGCCGAAAACACCCUCGCAUUCAGCGAAAAAGAUCUCGAGACUUUGAUAGAACCACACAACGACGUGCUGGUAAUUUCAUUCCUUUUAAACAUCAUACGAGUUAAACGUGCGCUCGUAGAUCCAGUCAGCUCGGACAAUGUGAUCAACUCAGCAGUAGUAGAGCAGCUCGGGUUACUCAACCAGAUCAUAACGGCCUCCCAGGUCCUCCAUGGCUUCAACAUGACCAGCGAAGUAACCAAAAGAGAAAUCACCCUCCCAGUCGACAUGUCCGACAUGGUUCGGAACACAAAGUUUCAAGUCAUCAAUGGAGACAUAAGAUAUAAUGCAUUGCUUGGCAGACCAUGGAUACACAACAUAAUGGCAGUACCAUCAACCCUGCACCAGAUGAUUAAAUUCCUAGCCAAGGAUGGCAUAACGACCAUAUACGGAGAACAGCGUGCAGCGAAAGAAAUAUUCGCGAUUUAA